AUGGAGGGCGACAUCAAGCAGGAGGGCUGCUCGCUGAUCCUGAAGGAGCUCAUCACGCGCGGCGCCUGCCUCGCCAUCUACCCGCUCCACGACGACGACGCGCUGCAGACGAUCCAGGACCGGUGGCUCACGUACCUCGAGCCGCCGUGGGCGCAGCCCAUCGACCUCGUCAAGGACUACUUUGGGGAGAAGGUGGGCAUGUACUUUUUGUUCCUGGGCACCUACAGCACCUGGCUCUUCUACGCGGGCGCGCUCGGCAUCGUCACGUACGCGCUCGAGAUCGUGCCGUCGCCCUUCGCGGUCUGGUCGACGACGUUCUGCGGCAUCUUCAUGUCCAUGUGGUCCACGGUCUUCCUCGAGCACUGGAAGUCGACGCAGGCGCGGGCGAAGAUGACCUGGGGCAUGACGGGCUUCGAGGACACGGAGCAGGACCGCACGGAGUUCGAGGGCCGCGAGAUCCACUCGCCCUUCACGAACGGCUUCUUCAUGCCCUUCGCGACGCGCAUGAACUUCAUCGAGAACCACCGGACGGAGACCGCGUUCGAGGACAACCUCAUCGCCAAGGUCUUCGUGUUCCAGUUCGUCAACUCCUACGGCGCGUUGUUCUACGUGGCCAUGGCCCAGGGCCCGCUGAGCUUCACCAUCGGCCAGAGCCAGCCCUGGAAGACGCAGCGGUUCCAGUGCGCGCCGCACUGCCUCAACGACGUCGGCGCGCUCCUCGGCACGAUCUUCAUCAUCCGCGUCGUCAUGGGCAACUGGGACGAGGUCAUCAAGCCCUACCUCGCGCGCCUCGAGAAGGAGUACGAGAUCCGCAAGGAGAGCGAGAACGACGACGCGGAGUACGAGAACCCGUCGCAGCCGGAGCUCAUGCGGAAGCGGCAGAUCAGCCCCGCGGAGGAGCAGUACGAGAAGCACGAGUACGACUCCCUGAGCCUCUUCGACGACUACGCGGAGCUGGUGAUCCAGUUCGGCUACGCGACGCUCUUCGUCUCCGCCUUUCCUUUAGCCCCGAUGUUCGCGUGCGUCAACAACUUCAUCGAGAUCCGCGUCGACGGCUGGAAGAUGUGCCAGAACACGCGGCGGCCCUGGCCGGCGGGCGCCGAGGACAUCGGCACCUGGGAGUCCAUCCUGACGAUCAUGUCCAUCCUGGCGACGAUCACCAACGGCAUGAUGAUCACGCAGACGUCGUCGACGUUCGACACGCUCCCCGAGCAGCAGCGCCUCGUCAUCUUCAUCGUCCUCGAGUGGAUCCUCGUGGGCAUCAAGAUCGUGCUCAUGGCCGCGCUCGACGACGUCCCCGAGGACGUCGAGAUGCAGAUCGAGCGCCAGGACUUCCUCAUCUCCAAGAUCAUCGGCCUCGAGCGCGACGAGGAGAAGGACCUCGAGGACGACGAGCUCUUCGAGAUCGAGGAGCCGCCCGUCCACGCCUCCGACCCGGGCAUCCGCGACCCGAACAAGAAGGAGGGCGACGAGGAGGGCAAGGAGAAGGACGACAAGGACGACUAG